AUGUUUCGCUUUUUCUAUCUCGUGUUAAUUGUGACUGAAGUUAUAACUUCAGAAUAUUCUUUGUUGGAUCAAGAUAACUAUGACUUAGACCAAGCUCCUGAAAUCUACAAGCAAUUCCUUCAAAAAUUUAAUAAAGAAUCUAGCUCGAGUCGUUUUGAAAUAUUCAAGGAAAAUUUGAGAAAAAUUAACGAAUAUAAUGAAAACAACAGUCAAAACUCAUAUGGCAUCAAUCAUUUUACAGAUUUGACCUUUGAAGAGAUUUCGGAAUGCUAUUUUGGUUUUAAUGGGAACUUUACAUCGGACAAUGUUAUCGAACAUAAGCCCAGUGGGCUUCAGCUUCCAUCUGACUUAGAUUGGCGUAAUCAGGGUUAUGUGACUGAAGUCAAGAAUCAGAUGACUUGUGGGUCUUGUUUUGCUUUCAGCGCCGUAGGAAAUAUCGAAGGACAAUAUGCCAAAGCACAUAGUACCACAGCUAUUAGCCUAUCAGAUCAGCAAGCAUUUGAUUGCAGCUCAGCUCAAGAUUGUAAAACGGGUGGUUUUCCACAUCAAGUUUUUCAAGCUCUAGCCGAGCAGGGUGGGUCAAUGACAGAAGCAGACUAUCCCUAUGAGAACACAAAAGGUCAAUGCAGAACUGAUAAAAGUAAAAUUGCCGUGACAGUCACUGGAGGAAGUGAACUUGGAGUUAACGAUGAAGAUAGUUUGAAAGAUGCAUUGGCUAAUUACGGGCCCUUAUCUAUUACUAUUUGCGCUAACGCUGAAUUCACAAAUCAGAAAGGAAAUGGAGUUUUUAUCCCCACACUUCCUUGCCCGUAUAGUAACCACGCUGUUCUGCUUGUUGGUUAUGGAAAUGACGGUGUAUCUGACUUCUGGAUAAUUAAGAACUCUUGGGGCACUACUUGGGCUGAUCAAGGGUACAUCCGUCUCAUUAGAGGACAACGAGCAUUAAAUAUUGGGUCCUACGCUGCCCUUGCAACAGUCGCUUAAGAAAAUAUGUAUUUUACCCAUGUAUUUUAUAAUGGUAUUUUGGACUGUAUUUCUAUUAAAAUUAGAAUAAAAAGUCGUUUACCGUAAUCA